AUGGAAAAGUUUUGUAAAAUUUGGGAAGGUUGUGAUGUGUUUGUUAAUAUUCCUCCAUUAGAUUUUUCAACAAUUUUAUUAAGAAUGGAAGUUAAAAAUUUAAUUAAAGAAAUUCAUAAGUAUUUAAAUAAUAAUAAAAAUACUUCAAAAACUAUUUAUCUUCAUGGAAUUAGUGUUGGAACAUGUUAUAUUGGGUCAUUUAUUAAAAGUUUAAAUAGUUUUGAAAAUGGGAAAUAUAAAUAUAUAUUACCAAUGAUAAAAUCUAUUGUUUUGGAUAGUGGUAUGAUAAUUAAUGAAGCCGAAGUUUUUAGAGGACUUGCAAAAACAAUGAAAGAAAAAGGUGUAUUUGGUUAUAUUCUUGCUUCUAUAUUCCCAGUUUUUAAAUCAAAAUGGAGAUACUAUUGUAAAUAUGAUUUCCCACAUUUUUUAAGCAAUGAUUAUGGUUGGAAUUAUUUAGUAAUUAGUGGGGAAUAUGAUGAUUUCUUUCCAAAUACCUCUGAUUUGUUUGUUGAAUUAUUUAAAAACUCUGUUAAUAAUUCAAAUAGACAAAUACAAAGAAAAACUUUUGAUUCAAAACAUGCUCUUCAUUUUAAAAAUCACCCUGAAGAAUAUAAAAAAACUAUAAAUGACUUUAUAGCUUUGGGAAAUUGUUUAUAUUUAUAA